CCAUUUCAGUAGGUGGCGCUAAUGCGCACCAGAAGGUUGCUUGGCAACCGCCAUUAAACCAAAGAACAAGAAAAAGCCACUUCCGGUCAUGUCUUACGUGUUGUUUUGAUUGCAAAACAGCCGGUAAGUAACCUGUUUUAUAUUCCAAAAUGAGGAUAUUAGGCUUCUUGAGAACGUCGGGUCUCACCCGGACAAGCUGGAUCCGACAAACAAGUCCAGUGGGCGGCGUGGAAGCUGUUCAAUGUAUGCGCUCAGCAAGGAAGGACUCAUGCCGCCGCAACGCCAACUUUGUAGGUUUUGGAGUAAAGUCAGAGAGGAUGUGCGACUUGAAGAAAGUCAGGUCGUAUAGAAGUUGCUCCACGCAGGCAGUGCGAGUGAAGUGUUGGAGUUGUAAAUAUCCUCUUCAUGACUCACCUGUGUUCUUCUGCUCGGCCUGUAAAGUAGUUCAGCCUCCUGGUGACGACGCGUCCUUCUUCAACAUCAUGUCCUGUGACGUCUCAUUCGCAGUGGACACUAAAGCACUGCAGAGAAGAUACUUGCAGCUGCAACGCUCCCUACAUCCUGACAACUUCAGCCAGAAAUCUGUGGAAGAACAAGAGUAUUCCCAACACCAGUCGGCCCUGGUCAACAAGGCCUACAAGACACUGCUGAAGCCUUUGAGUCGUGGCCUCUACAUGCUGGAGCUGGAGGGGAUGCGCAUCGACGAGGGCACGGAUUCCGGGGCGGAUGCUGACUUGCUGAUGGAGCUGAUGGAGAUCAAUGAAGCGCUGGCAGAGGCGCGGACGGCAGAAGAAGCCGAUAAGAUCAGCCGAGACACAAAAGGGAAACUCUCCGUUUUGACGGAGAAGAUAGACGCCGCCCUCCGUGCAGGAGAGCUCCACGCUGCCAAAGCACUGCUCGUCCAAAUGAAAUACUUCUCAAACAUUGAGGACAAAGUUAAGGACAAACUUUCUGACUUGAUGUAAUUGCUUUUUUUGUGUGUCACUUUGUAUUUCUAUCCACUAAAUUAUUCAUAAUAUGAUUUUUUUCGACAUUUAAAAGACUUCCUUGUGGUCUACAUAACAUGCAAUGGUGGUUCUUUCGUCAAAAUGUUGCAUAGAUUAUGUAUUACAGACCGAUUUCAAGCCGCAAUUUACCGAAAAUUCCGUACAACAAGCUGCUACUUUUUUCCUACACUUUGAAUCCUACGGCUUACAAAACAGUGCAGCUAAUUAAUGGGUUUUUUUCUGUGAAUUACCAUAAUGUUUUUUGUUCAAUAGUUUUUAUUAAACCCACGGAGAGGACUGAAAUGGUGUGUUAUUGUUUGUGUUACGAUGCCAUCUUUUGGACAAGUUUGCUCACUGCUCAAAAUGCACUUCUUUUUUUAAUGCCUUAAGCCGGAAGUAAAAUCGUCUAUAGCGUUCUGCUUGAAAGAAUUCUUCAUUUAUUACUCCAAGCAACGUUUGUACGAUUGACGACAUAUGUACCGUAUUUUCCGGACUAUAGAGCGCACCGGGAUAUAAAGUUAAAGUUAAAAGUUAAAGUACCAAUGAUUGUCACACACACACUAGGUGUGGCGAGAUUAUUCUCUGCAUUUGACCCAUCACCCUUGAUCACCCCCUGGGAGGUGAGGGGAGCAGUGGGCAGCAGCGGUGGCCGCGCCCGGGAAUCAUUUUGGUGAUUUAACCCCCCAAUUCCAACCCUAAGAUGCACCAACGAAAUUUUAGAAAGAAAAAAUAUGUUUCCAUAUAUUGGCCGCACCGGACUAUAAGCCGCAGGUAUAUACGUUGUAAAAUUACUUAUUUACACAGUAAAAUUCUGUAAAUGUUUCCAAACGGUGUCUGUUACACAGCAGUAAAAUGGCUGAUCAAACAAAACAGAGGUCAUCGUCAUGGACCCACUAGCUGCGGAAGCUAGCUCUCCAAUCAGUUAAACAGACUCAAUAACUCUACGAUGGACGUUUUGGUGAAUUUACUGAGGAAUUUAUGAAACUGAAACAACACAAAAAGAAUGCAGUUGUAAGUUAAUACUAACACAGACACUCGUAAGCUUGUUAGCAUAUUAACUAAUGCUAACAACGCUAGCGUCAGUUCUUUAAAAAAGCACGUACAAAUAUGCAUGGAAACAUUCCUUCAGACAUCACGCAUGAGACGGUUUAGUAAGUAUAAACAGUUUUAGUUAUAUUGUAAAACUUAUAAACGUUGCUUGGAGUGAUAAAUGAAGAAUCUUUACGAGUAAGAACGUUACAGACGGCGAGAAGACUAAACAACACUUUGAUUAAAAGAAAUAAAAGCCCUGCACGGUAAAUAGAACACUGCAGCACCAUAUUUUCAUUAUAGCCGCCAGCGAAGAAAAAUCCAUAAAUUAGCCGCUAUGUCUUAUAAACCGCAGGGUUCAAAGUGUAGGAAAACAUAGCGGCUUAUAAACAAUUCUUACCUUCUAAACCGUGGCAUGUGUGAUGUCUGUAGGAGUGUUUUCAUGCAUAGUUAUCUAUUGUAAUGUAAUGUGGCUAGCGUCGUUAGCAUGAGCUAAUAUGCCAACACGUCCACAAGUGUCUGUGUUAGUAUUAUUAACUUACAAUUUUAUUGUUUUUGUGUUGUUUCAGUUUCACAAAUUCCUCAGUAAAUUCACCAAAACGUCAGUGUGGAGUUAUUGAGUCUGUUUAGCUGAUUGGAGAGCUAGCUUGCCCAGCUAGCGGUCAGGCCGGUCAAAGCGACGUAAAAUCAGAAAACUCACAAAAUUGUAACAAACAUCCCAGUCCUCUACAUGUCACAACUACCAGUAAUGUUAAUAUGAGCAGACUAUCGUUAAAAACGGCUGUGCUAGGUCGUGGUAUCAUGCGACGUAUGUAUAUAUAUCCAUAUAUACAAGUCUCUGGCUUGUGCCUUCAUUACUGAAGGAAACACAACUCGACUUUUAUUCACAGAUUACGUGCAUUACUUGCAAAAACUUGCAAAAUGGCCGAAAUCUGUAGUUUUUCUCACAGAGAUCUCUAUGAUGAAUAGCGGAUGAAUACACAAUACAUUUAUUUUAAAUUGUAAUCCUGCUAGUAAGUGGCAUCUUUACAGUACAGUUUUCUGUAACUGUACAGGAUUAGUUUUAUUUUUGCAUCCUGAUUACAGAAACCUGAUUUAAUGAUAAUAGCCGAGUCAUGUACCUAUUGGGUGUUAUUGUGGCCUAUAUAAACCUAACCAGUGGUUUUCAGUGGCCUAGUGGUUAGAGUGUGCGCCCUGAGAUCGGUAGGUCGUGAGUUCCAACCCCGGCCGAGUCAUACCAAAGACUAUAAAAAUGGGACCCAUUACCUCCCUGCUUGGCACUCAGCAACAAGGGUUGGAAUUGGGGGUUAAAUCACCAAAAAUGAUUCCCAGACGCGGCCACCGCUGCUGCUCACUGCUCCCCUCACCUCCCAGAGGGUGAACAUGGGGAUGGGUCAAAUGCAGAAGACAGAUUGCACCACACCGAGUGUGUGUGUGACAAUCGUUGGUACUUUAACAUUAACUUUAACUUCUUUAACUGGGAGUGGCCCUAAAUCCUAACAUUCAUGCAGGCAUGGUCAUAUCGCUUUUCUUCACUGAAGGCCUUCCGACAUCCAUGUUAGGAUCAGUUCUAAGCCGCCUACAAGUUAGCUGGGAGGAUGUUUCAAAGUCUUUCAACCAUUUGUGUACCUCAUCUUCAUUUCAUUUGGGCCUUAAAUGUACCCUUUCCACAUGGGUGCAUACCAAAUGGUGGUAGAAAUAAAUAAAUAAAUAAAAAUAAAUAAUAGAGAAAGAAUGAAAUAAAGAAAAAUAAAUAAUAGAAAAAGAAAGAAAUAAAAGAAAUGAAGAAAUUAAAAUAAUAGAAAAAGAGAGAGAGAAAGAAAGAAACAUAAUAGAUAAUAGAAAUAAAAAGAAAGAAAGAAAGAAAAAGAAUAAAUAAUAGAAAAAGAAAGAGAAAGAAAGAAAGAAAAAUAAAUAAUAGAAAAAAGGAAAAAAUUAAGAAAGAAAAUAGAGAAAAAUAAUAGAAAAAUAAAUAAAGAAUGAUAGAGAGAAAAAAAGAAAGAAAGAACAAUAAUAAAUAAUAGAAAAAGAGAGAAAUAGAAGAAAGAAAGAAGGAAAAAUAAUAAUAGAAAAAGAAAGAAAGAGAGAGAGAGAGAGAGAGAGAGAGAGAAAAGAAAAAUAAUAAAUAGAAAAAGAAAGAAAGAAAUACAAAUAAUAAAUAAUAGGGAAAAAAAGAAAGAAAGAAUAAUAAAGAAAGAGAAAUCUUAGUGAAUGUCUAAUGUUGAGUACCUACAUUGUUUAACAACAUAUCAAGUGCAAUCAUCAGGUUCCUAAUAGUUUGUGAAGAAAACAUUACAUCUUGUGAAGAAGUACAUUUGUCAUGAUGACGACUGUCAGUGUGUACAUUCAUAGACAUCUUAUAAGUAUAAGUUGGCUGCUAUGACGCGAGAAAUUGGGCCGCCAUCUUGAAGUGGGGAUGAGGAGCCGGCGAGCAGCCUAAACUGACAGUUGACAGGUAGAAAACAAAGAUGGUGUUCAGCGUUUUCCUGCUCAAAUGAGCGGACUGUUGAAAAUAGGAAUCGGGGGAUUACUUUUCACAAGUAAGAUUUAACAUUAACGUACUAUUGGUUGUAUUUUGUGAAAAGAAUAUUACCACAGAGUUGAGAAGGAGCAAAGAUCUUCAAUAGUACUGAAAUUGUAGCCGCUAGCAAACAAGAGUAUGACCAUAAUAGAAUUGCUUGUCAAUGAAAUUAAUUACAUUUUAAAAUGUCAUACUUGAAUAACAUAAAGUUGAAAUAAAUGAUGAAGAUAAAGAUUGUAAAAGCCAACAGGGUUAAAAGUUAGGACCACAGUCCAGAUUGUGUAGGGGGGGUUGGGGUUUAUACAAGUCUAAAUUUAGUCUAGCUUUCCAACCCAAUUUUGUAAAAUUAAAACAAUCACUGUAAAUAUUAUCAUGUAAGGGAAAAAUGUAAUACAAAAUAUCAAUACAAAGUGUCAAGACAGAAUAAACUCUCUGCUGCUGUCUAUAGGUCCCUAAGAUAUAUAGAUAUCUAAUGUAUUCAUACAUUGUUUAUGUAGGAUAUAUGCAUGUGUAUAUAACCUAAUCAUAUUGUUUCUUCAACUUAAAAAUAGCUGACCGUUUUUUUCCCCCUUCUCUGGGAUUAUAUUCCCAGUUUUGAUCUCGGACGUCUGGUCAUUUAUAGCAUAUAAGAAUAUUAUAUUACUGUUAAGAAAACUAUGAAUAAUAAAACAUGUGUCCUUUAUCAUAGCUACACGUAUGACAAAAAAAACGUGUGAAAAUCAGUGGUAUUCAGUGAGGUAAGAUGAAUUAAAUGCGCUGACAGUUCAUUGCUCCUGCCAUAUGAAUUGCACUGAGUGGAGCGGAUCACCACUCCAAGAUGGCGGCCCCGCGUCUUGUCAGCGCCAGUAGGCAGUAGCGCUCGAUGCUGCGUCUACUUAUAAGAUGUCUAUGUGUACAUUUGUCAUGAUGAUGACUGUCAGUGUGUACAAUUGUCAUGAUGACUGUCAGUGUGUACAUUUGUUAGAGUAGGCUAACCCAUGUGGUUCCUGUGGAUGUGAACACAAGUUGUAAUUACUGUAGUAACUAAAUAACACAGUGACUAAAACAGACAUAGUGAUUCAUUUGGAUGAUUGUAUUUAUGUCAACUCUGUUGAACAUUUUUCAAUUAUU